AUGAAAUAUCAAAAUAUGUGUCCAAAAUAUCGUGUGAUUAAUGCAUUAGCAUCUGAUCUUUCGAAAGAUCAGAAUGAUUUCAUAUGGAAUAAUUCUAAUGAACUUGAUUUACUUCAAAUAAAAAAAUCGUCUCUCGUCAAAACAACAUACAAUCAAUGUUCGUUUCAUCAAGUCUUACCAUGUAUACGUCGUUUAUAUACUAUAUUAGAAUCAAUAUGUCCAAAUAUUUAUCGUAUACAUUGUUCCGAUUCAUUAAGAAUUUUAAAUGAAAUAGUUUGUCUUACUGAUGAAUAUCUUCAAGUAUGUCCAUCCUCAAAAAUAGCACUGGAUGAAUUAUGUUCGAAUGAACAUUAUUUUGAUGAUUUUAUUUCCAAAUUAAGACGUCCAUCAGUAAUCCGUAAAAAAAAUACUUCAUCAAUAAAACCGGAAUUACACUGUUUUGGUUCAGGUAUUCACGGCAAUAAUUUUAAUAAUCAACUGCAUAAAACAAUAUUAUUUUGUUUUGAAUUAACAACAACAAAUGAUCUACCCGUUGAUGUAGUUAUCUUAGAUUCAGAUGAAAAUCAAGUGUCGACAGAUGUAAAAUACAUAAAUACAUACAAUCAAGGUGCUACAAAACUUUAUUCGUGCAGUUAUAUACCAAUAACGAAAGUAGGAAUCUAUAGAAUAUCAUUUUAUGUCAAUAAUAUAAAAAUUAAAUAUCCAGAAUGGCCAGUUUUUAUACAUGAUUCAACUCCAAAUUAUGAUUCUUAUCAGCAAGAGCAACAAUUAUUAUUACAUGAAAAAGUAACACAACAAUCUCAACACGAAAUACCGCCAUAUGAAUUAGAAGGCGAUGGAUGUUCAACUCAAGUUAUUGUUAAUUCAAUUGCACGUUUUCGCCUCCGAAUUAAAUCGCCAACCGCAACUUAUUAUAAUAGUCCAAUAGUUGAUUUAUUUUCACUAUCAAUUCUUGAUCCAUAUGGUCAUACAAUAGUUGUGCAACGUCGUGCACUAUCAUCGGAUGUACUUGAAUUAACAUAUCAACCAAUGUCAAUUGGUGAACAUAAAUUAAUUAUUUUAUUUAACAAUAAAAUCGAUCGUCAAUUAACAAUUGAUGUUAUGCAGGACGAAUCAAAUUAUCUAUCAAAAUUAAAACCGUUUGGACCUGGUCUUAAACGUGCUAUCGUUGGUUUACCAACAGAAUUCUAUGUUGAUCUAAAUCAAACAACAAAUAAUAAUAUUCAUUUUCGUUUACAACCUUCAUAUCAAGCUGAAAUUGAUUAUGAACAACAAAUGGCAACAGUGCGUUAUAUACCAUUAGAAGAAGGUGAUUGUCCAAUACAUAUUCUUGAAAACGAUAAAGAUAUCUCAAGCUCACCAUUUAAUGCAAAAAUUGAAAAAAACAUCAUACACCAUGAAAACCCACGUAUACGUGUUAUCGGUUUAUCAAAACAAAUCAUACUUCAUCGACCUGUCGAAUUUCAGGUCUAUAUCGAUAAUCCAUUGGAUGAUUUCAAUAAUUUACUACAUGUUGAGAUAUUAACAGAUGAUGAUAAUUCUCCAUCAGUAUCAAUACGUCGGCGUCAUCGUUCGUCUUAUGUAUGUUCAUUUACACCUAUGACACUAGGUCGUCAUUUAAUAUCAGUUGACUAUGCUAGUAUUGUUGCUGAAAACAAUCCGUUUCAUAGUCAGUCAAUACAAGAAAAAGAUAUUUUACUAACUGGUCCAGCCAUACAGAAUCAAUGUUUAAAAUUAAAUCAACCGACACAUUUUUGCUUCGCAUUAAAAGACCUUUUAACACCAAAUUUAACUGAACAAUUUUCUACAUAUGAGAGUGGCUAUAGUUCGAACGAUGAUAUAUCAUCAAAAUCAUCUUUAUCAUCAUCAUCAACAGAUAUAUCAGUGACACCCGACGAUGACAAUAGUUAUCAUGUUACAAUUACUGAUGGCAAUGGAAAUAUAAAGUCGAAUGUCGCUGUUAAGGAAAUUUUUGACACUAAAAAUGAGAAUACGGUUCGUGUUGAUUUCACGCCGAAUCAAAAAAUUUUGUAUAUAAAUAUAUCGUGCACUUGGCAACCACUUUUCGACGUUGUAAUUACUGAUUUAGAAUAUAUACCAGUAUCAGCGUCUUAUUGUGCUUAUUUUUAUAUUCCCUUGUCAGAAACAUUAUAUCAUCAUCUUUCGAUCUCUUUUAUGUGUACAUCAACUAAAAUGAAUUUUACUGCGUUUGAACCACAAUUGACUUCAACACCAAAACGAAUAGAUACAACUAUAAUUCUUGCUAAUUUAUGUUCUACGCCUCGACCUGCUCAUAUCCGUUGGUCAUUGUCAAAAUAUACUCCUCGACCUGUCGAUUCUUCUACUCCGAAUACAAAGAAAUUGAGAAGAUCUGUUUGUCCUGAUCGUCAUCGCUUAAUUUAUCCAUUAAAAAUGAUGACAAAGGAAUCGAUGAAAGUUUGGGUGUUGUAA